GAAACAGCAACCAUUACUUUACUUUCAGACUUUUUUUUUUAAAAAAAAAAAGGGUAAAGGAGACCUAACCCCAAAGAAAACCCAAACCCUGAACGAAAACCUUACCUUACCCUCUUCAUCAUCUUUGUCUUCGAAAACCCUAACCCUAAUUAUAUUGUUCUUGUUAAUCGGAUCGGUGUUCUUGGCGAUUGGGAUUGGAAAAGGUAAGAAGAGCAAGAAAGAGAGGAAGGAGGAGAAGAAGGACCAAAAAGUUUGUCGGAGAUUGAACGAUGUCUGCUGCUGUGUGCGGAAGUAAGAGAUCCUUCUUCGAAGAUCUUCCUCCAUCGCCUCCUCUUUCUAAGAGGCUUCGUUGCUCUUCUUCAACCUCUCCCAUUCGCUUCUCGGCUCCUUCGCUCCUUGAUCAACUACAGGCCGUCUUUCCUAACAUGGACGCUCAGCUUCUUGAGAGAGCCUUGGAAGAGUGUGGCAAUGACUUAGAUGCUGCUAUCCAGAGCCUGCGCGAUCUUUGCCUACGAUCAGAAAAGAACCCAGAUUCUGCUGAGAUACCAGAUGCAACUGUGGAGAAAGGUGCCAAUGGUGAAAAUGUUGCUGUUUCUGAAGCUGUGUCAGCCCAACUUCCUGUGGACGGUGCAGAAUGGGUUAGCUUGUUUGUCAGUGAAAUGAUGAACGCCACCAGCCCUGAUGAUGCGAGAGAUCGUGCUUCUAGGGUACUUGAGAUUUUGGAGAAAUCCAUUAGUGCCCGUGCUGGUGCUGAGGCGGCUCAAACAUUUCAAAAGGAAAAUAUGUUGCUGAAGGAACAACUUGAUGGACUUGUAAGGGAGAAUACAAUUCUGAAACAUGCCGUGGCUAUCCAACAUGAACGCCAAAAACAUUAUGAAGACAAAAAUCAAGAAUUGCAGCAGUUGAAGCAGUUGGUCUCUCAGUAUCAAGAGCAGUUGAGAACUCUCGAGGUGAACAACUACGCCCUGACAAUGCACUUAAAGCAAGCUCAGCAGAGCAACUCCAUUCCCGGACGAUUCCAUCCUGAUGUCUUCUAAUUAAGAAAUCUCCAAGUCCUUAGCGUUUUCGUGCGUAGAAUGAAUGCUGCCCUGGCUGACUGCAUGCCUCGUCAGUCCUCCUUUGAUAUUGUGUCUGUUAAGUGUGUAGCGAAUGUAGAUUGAUGCUGUCUUUUAAGUCUUUUAACCAAAAAAUCCCGGGGCCGACGCCUGAAGGCUCACUCAAUCAUCCAAUAUUUCAAUUCCCACCACCACCACCUUUCACUCUCUCGUCUGGAAUGUUAUAGUAAUCAGCCAGAAUUGUCGACCAGUUUCAAAAUUGCAUGAGUAGAUUCUUCUUUCCUAUUAUAUUUGGUGAGAUGUGCUGUAUCUUAUCUUAUUAUGUUAUUAUUGUUAUUUAUUUUUAUAUAUACAAAUUUCAUUGAGAGGGUUUUUACUAAUACUUAAUAAUAGAAAAAGAAUGACGUUGGAAUUUUAGCUAAA